AUGCUGGCAGACAUGCGCAUCCUCACCGCCCCCUCGUCCGACACCCCCCUCCUCCCACCCGUCAUGCUCCAGUUCGGCGCAGACCGCUACCUCUUCAACGCCGGCGAAGGCACAUCCCGCUCCUGCACCCAGCGCAAGGCAAACCUCAGCAGGGUCACAAACAUCUUUGUCCCGCGCAUCGGGUGGGAGGCCAUCGGCGGCCUGCCCGGCGUCCUCAUGUCCCAGGCCGACGGCAACCGCACCGCAUCGAGCGUACACGGCCCCGCCAACCUCUGCUACGCCCUCGCAACCAUGAGGACCUAUGCAAAGCGCGACACCAUGCAGCUACACCAGCAGCAGGAGCUGGAUGAGGCCCCUGGUCAGCUGGCCAAGAGACCGAGACUCGACAACGAAGCUCAGGCCGACGAGGCCGCCGUCGAGGGUGUCCGGAGCAGGUGGAGGAGGCCCAGCUGGAACCCGGCCAAGCUCAAAGGGGACGAAGCGCAGGCCUGGAUCCGCAUGGUCGCAGACAGCCUCUUCAAUGACUCGCUCCUCGAAAAGCGCCAGAGGGCGUCCGACCAGGGCGUCGAAAUUGCCGACCUCGACACCGAGGCCCAGUACAGCGCACCAGGCUGGAAGCCGCCGCGGACGCCUGCGUUCGUCAUCAGCCAGCUGCCCGACAAUCCCCUAGACCUCAUCGCUCGCAACGGCAGCGGCGACGUGGCCAGCGCACCUUCCGGCGAGCAGGGCGGUCAAGCGCCGGUGCUCGCCUUCAUCUGCGAGGCGCACCCGCAGCGCGGCAAGUUUGACCCUGCCAAAGCCCUCGAAGCCGGCGUUGUUCCCGGCCCGAGCUUCGCCGCUCUGACUCGUGGAGACGAUGUCCAAGUCUCGCGGCCAAAGAGCUGGGCCCAGAUGGACGCUCAGUCGCGCAAGAGGUGGAGCGACAAGCAAAGGGUCGCCCAGUACGGCGGCAAGCGUGGCGGCGGCGCAAGAUCGGCAGCCAAAAAGAACGCUGCUACCCAGGGGUCGAAGGGUGCGGCUGAGACCGACUCGGAGCCAGCAGAAUGGGCCGACGUCGAGUCGGUCACCAUCCGCUCGCAGGACGUCUUGGGACCGUCGAGGGCUGGCGCCGUCUUCAUGCAGAUUUACCUGCCCUCGGCUGCCUACAUCCCCUCGCUCCUCUCUGCCGAGUCGGACGGCGCCUUUGCCGCCUACGCUGCCGGUGCCAACGUCGACAAGCCCGCCGAGCAGCACCGCAUGCCCCACGCCAUCGUCCACGCCGUGCCGCUCGAGGUGCUGCGCGACGAGCGCUACCAGCAGUGGAUGGCCCGCUUCGGGCCAGACUGCCACCACAUCCUCUGCAACGACGACGUCUGCGCCAACAAGCUCAUGUUCCCCUCGAGCUCGACGAUCCCCCUGCGCCUGUCGAAGCUCGACCAGCAGCUCUUCCGCGUGCCCCAGUACCAGCUGGCACCGCGGGUCUCGCUUGACGAGCUCCGCAAAGGCUCGCCCACCCUCGCCUCGCUGCAGCUUGUGGCGGCAGAGGCUGACCAGCUGGUCCAGCUCCACCCGCGCGGCGCGCCGAAGCGCCACCGGUCCGGCGCGCCCGACUUUGACUUUGCGCUCGGGUCCGACGAGGCGGAGCGGAUGGCUUCGUUCCAGCUCGAGGCGGUCGACGAGUCCGAGGAGCAGCGCGCCCAGACCGACAAGCUCAAGGACAAGAACCGCAAGGCGGCCGGCAAGGGCGCCAACGGCGCCAGCCCAAAGGACAAGGCGAUCGAAAGCGCGGAGCUCGGGUUGGUGCGGCAGGAGCGGCUGCAGGAGGCGCGCAAAAAGGCGUGGUCCGACUACCUCGAGGCUGUCGAGACCACGCGGCGGCAGCUGCAGCUUGAAGGCGGAAAUGCGGGCGGAGCGAGCGUGGCGCCUGCCGACGACGUGCUCAUCACCACGCUCGGCACGGGCAGCGCCUCGCCGUCCAAGUACCGCAACGUCAUUUCGACGCUGGUCCAGACGCCCAGGGACGGCAACAUCCUGCUCGACGCCGGCGAGGCGACCUACGGCCUGCUGAAGCGCAAGUUUGGCUGCGAUCGCGACGGCACCUCGGCCGAGGUCAACUCGGACAAGGGCGAGGACGUCGACGCGAUCCUGCGCAACCUGCGCUGCCUCUUUAUCAGCCACAUCCACGCCGACCACCACAUCGGGCUGAUCCGGCUCCUCGUCGAGCGCCGCAAGCUGCACCCGCGGCCCGCAGCGCCGCUCCACCUCGUGGCGACGAGCUUUGUGCACACCUACCUGCGCGAGUACGCGAGCAUCGAGGACCUCGGCCUCGACGACGACGUGGUGCUGCUCAACAACGAGUUCCUCGACUACCGCACCGGCGUCGACCCGCUGCCGGACUCUUCGGCGGCCUCUGCCAAGGGCCAGGCAGUCGGCAAGGCGGUUGCGGGGCAGGCGCGGUCUCGCCACGUCGAGCUGAGCGCCGACGCCAAGGCCGCGCUCAACCUGAGCUACCUGCACACGGCGCGGGUGCACCACCGCGGCUCGCACUGCUACGGCCUGGUGGUGCGCCACGCGUCGGGCUGGUCGCUGACCUACUCGGGCGACACGCGGCCGUCGGACGAGCUGAUCGCGGCGGGCCGGGGCUCGACGGUGCUGAUCCACGAGGCGACGCUCGAGGACAGCCAGCUGACGAUGGCCAUUGCCAAGGGCCACUCGACGUUUGGCGAGGCCAUCGACGUCGGACGCCGGAUGGACGCCGACAACCUCCUCCUCACCCACUUUUCGCAGCGGUACCCCAAGAUGGCGCGCUCCUCGCUCUUUGCCGCAUCGUCGUCGGCCGCGGCGUCGGCACCGGCACCUGCCAACGGCGACCGAGUGCUGCAGCCGGCAACCGAGCACGGGACGGCCAAAAAGAUGCCGAUCGCGCUCGCCUUUGACCUGGUCACCUACCCGCUGAGCAAGUUUGGCACCAUCCAAAAGUACACGCCGGCGCUCGAGGCGCUGUUUGCGGCCGACUUUGACGAGGAUGCCAACGAUGUUGAGAUGGGCGAGGGCGGUGGUGAUGCCGCAGCCGAGGGGCAGGUGGCGGCGGCGGCCAAUGGGCAGGGCGGGACGGACACGGCGCGGCAGAAGCCAUCUGCGACGCCGACGCCGACGCCGAUGCCGAUGGACGUCGAUGACAAGAACCCGCCGUCAUCUGCACCUCCUCCCGCGACGGCCGCAUCUGGUGCACCAGUGACGGAAGCGACCAAGACGAAGCGAGCGAGGGCGAGGGGUGACACGGCGCAACGCAAAUCGUUCCACCCGACCGAGUUCCACUACCUCUCUCUGCGCUUGUAA